AUGGAUGGAUUACCAUCGUAUGAAGAACCUAUUCCUCCCAGUUACCCUAUUGGAGAAUGCAAUGAAUAUGCCAAGUAUGGACAAUUUCGUAGUUAUAAUUAUUCUACCCUUGAUAAAGAUGAAGAGAUUAAAAAGAAUCAUUUUCAACAACCUCAAUUCAUUCCUAAUAUCACGGAGAUUAUAGCCCAUUUGAAUUUAUUAAAAGCAUUUGAGAAAUUAAAACAGAAUUUUACUGAUGAUAGUUUGAUGAAUGAUAUGGAUCGAGAUAAAAAGUGGAGAUUAUAUUUAACUAUUUCUGUUAAAAGAUUUAUUAUUUUCAUAUCUGCUUUGAAAUCACUGAUGCCUAUAAUCCAAAUAGAUAAAUUAACUGGUGUUGAUCCAAGAGAUCAGGAAUUUACAUCAAUGACAAAUGAAUUAACCCCACCUUUAGAUGUGAUUAUGGUAUGGCAUGCAUUUAUGUUGAAUCCAAUGUCAUUUUAUGAUAUUUUUGCAAGAUUUGAUAUGUAUUAUUUUAUCAAUUAUCCAUUUCCAUUACAUAUUAUUAAUUCAUAUAUUGAUGAUCAAAGUUAUGAGUUUAAAGUUCCUGAAGAGAAAAAGAAGAAGUAUUUGGCAUUUGUUGGGAAAUAUGCUAAAGAUAUAAUAGAUUAUGAAUUUGAACUUGAUGUGGAUUUGAGUCAACAAUUUGUAACAUUGUACUGUCCACGAACUAAAAUGAAGAUAUCGAAACCUAUAAAAUUGACUGAUUUCGUUGAUGGGAAUUUUUUAACCAAGAAUACUGGAUUUAAGUUUAAUAAUAUUAUUUAUGAUAAUUAUACACCAUUGACUAUAACCCAUGAUCAAUUAUUAAAAAUUAAAUUAGACUAUGAUGUUGAACAACCAAGACUUUUAGAAGGAUCGUUGAAAUAUUGUUCAAAAGAAUUGUCAGCACCAGGAUUUACUGAUAUAGACCCUGUUAGUCUAAGCAGUAAGAUAUCAGAAUCUGUUAUUGAAUCAUCAAGACAAGUAUUUCGAGAAUUAAAUGCGGGAACUCCAGAAUUAGUCGAACCAACAUUUGAUGAAAUUAUUCAAAGAGUCGAGAAAGAUUCUCCUACUCUUAAAAGAAAAGUCAAAGAAUCUAUUAUAUUUGGUAAUUAUAAACAUUUUAAUAUGAUUAGUUUAACAGUUCAAGGUGGUGUACAAAUUGGUGAAGAUUUAGUUGAAUGUGUCAUUCGUCAAGAAAAAUUUAGGAACAUUAUAAAUGAACUAAAUUGGUUGAAUUCACCUUUGUUGAAAGAAGGCUUAUUGGAAUCCUUGGAUAGAUAUCACAGAUUUUUUGCACUUAUGACUAAACGAACAGAUAAAAUAUUAGUACCCACAUUGGAUAUAGACUUGGUAUGGCAUACACAUCAGUUAAUGUUAUAUGGAUAUAUCAGGGAUUGUAAAUACAGCCCAUGUCAAACGGUGAUUGAUCAUAAUGAUAAAGUACAAGAGAAAACUCUAGAUUAUGGGUAUGAUUAUACUUUGAAAUUAUAUAAAGAAGAAUAUGGUGAAGAUUAUUCAAUAUGUUUCUGCAAUUAUUGUUACAGUAAACGGAAUAAGAAGUUAUCUCAUGUUUUCAAAUCACUGAAGAAAGAAAAGGAUGCUGUUAGAUCAAACCCAUUGUUUGUUAAAGAUAAAGAAGGUAUUACACAUCCAAGUGAACAUAAGAGUGUAUCAUCAUUUGUUGCUUGUGCUUCUCGAGGAACACUUAAAGUUUCUUCUACUAAUGGGAUAGCUUUCGGGCCGAUAACUACCGGGGUUCAUUUUAGAAAAGAGGAGCUGUAA